UGAAAGAGACAGUGGUUUGGUUAGUGUGCGCUGUGACGGAGUGGCAGCUGGAGCACUGACAGACAGACACACAGGCACACAGACACACAGACAGACAGACACAUGCCCCAGAGCUCCCUUGUCUUGACCUGGGAUCCUUUGAGGGGCUAAAAAUAAGACACACAACUUGAAGAGGAUAUACUGGCAUCGCCCCCGUGUGCUGCUGCUGCGCACACACACACACACACACACAUACACGCGCGCCACCAUGGACCCGCCACUCCCUAGGGCCUUCCUCUGCUUCCUGGCCGCCCUCCUGCUGGUCCUGGCGGGGUUGGCAGGGGCGCAGAGUGCAAAUGACGACUAUCUGGAGUGCUACUAUUACACGUGGACUGGUAAGAAUGAGUCUGUGGAUUGCGAGCUGUGCAAGGUGGAUAUCAUGAACGAAGCCCAGCCGUGCCUCGACACUCUAGUCUAUACAGUGCCACACCAGCAGCCUCCCAACGUGACGGACCUGAAGAACCACUGCGACACCGUGCAGAGCUGUCCACCCUACACCUGCAAGGAGAAGAAGAAGUGUGUGAAGCUCAUGUGGUAUGAUAUUACUGGUUCUCUUGUCAAUUACUCUUCCUUCUGCGGCAACGUGAUCGUGGAUGGUGACACGCCCAACCGCUACGAGAUGACGAACGGCUUGCUGGAAAUGACAGUUAGCACGUUUACCAAGAAAGUCUACGUGUGUGACUGGAGGCUGUGUAACGAUGCUAGUUCCCUUAGUGUUCCUGGAGGCGUGGUGCUGGUGCUGGUGUCCCUAGUGCCUCUAUUGACGUCUCUUAUAUUUAAUCCCACGUCUUCUCUCUCUCCUCCUCCUCCUUCAUUCAUAAGUUAGGUUAAGUUUGUUCAGGUUCACUUUUUGGUGGUUUUAAGGGCGUGGUGGUGUUGGUGAUGGGCCUGGUGCCUGUAUUAAUGUUUCUCUCUCUCUCUCUCUCUCUCUCUCUCUCUCUCUCUCUCUGGUUAGGAUAGGUUAAGUCUUGAACGAUAAUUGUGAAUGAGAGAAUGGAUGAAUGGUCAUAACUCUCUCUCUCUCUCUCUCUCUCUCUCUCUCUCUCUCUCUCUCUCUGGACGCACACGUACUGUAUAUAUUCAAGGUCUGCAAGUUUCCAUUAGUGAUGUGAGAGCUGAUCAAUAAAGAUGUACCUGCCAACUCGAGGCUUUGAGUGAAUUUGCGUGGGAAGGAAAAUCAGAGGGAGAAAAAUAUAUCGGUUGGAAAGAAAAAAAGUGUUAUAAUGUUUCGCUUACCAGCAACACAGGCCGUCUUGCAACACUUCAGGCAACACAGUGACGGCAACAAGGCAACACAGGAAGACCACACACACACACACACACACACACACACACACACACACACACACACACACACAACAGAAAACCAAAUUCACUUCAUACAAAAGGGAAGUUUGAAGGCAUUUAUCUCUGUCCUCUGGCUAACCCUAUCGGAUCUGCAAGGGGACUGGCAACGAAGUGGGCCUUUAUCUAUUUAUUUUUAUUGUUGCUCUUGGCCAGUGUUACAUUAAAAAAGCAGACAAACAUGAAAAAAACAACACUUAACACAGAAAUACUCAGGAAAAGAUGAUAAACAAGGAGGAAUAACAAAUACUCACUUGAUAAAGAUCGGAAGAGAGACAAUGCGUGAUGAAUGUUGUAGAAAGGAAGAUAAUAGUGUGCUAAAGAUAGGAGAUAAGGAAAAAUAGGUUGAUAUUGAUAGGAGGAGUAGAUAGAGAGUUGUUGGCCCGCACGAGACUGUUUGUGACGCACCGAGGUUUGUGUUUGAUUCCUUAUGAAGCUUGAGGGUUCGAGACAAAGGUUUGCUGGUGACGGCUUGAAAAGAACACCAACAGAACACCUGGGAACAUCAGCAGGCGUGUUUCUUCCUUGGCUUCAUCACAGGUGUGUCGCAGCCAGGGUGAGCCAUGGCAAUAGCUGGGGUGAGUGACUAGCCUCAGCAUUCGCAGGCGGAGCCACCGGACGUCACCCUUGGAGUCGACCGAACGUCUAUUAUGUCGCAUUAGUAGUCCGUUUGCCGCAUUGACGACAGCCGGCAGGAUGAUGGAUUCUAGUCUUGGCUAAAUUCCUUCCACUGUAGCUGGUUGAUCCUGUUGCUUGUGUAAUCGGCGCUGCCGCCUGAGUUUAUUUAAAUACGCUGCGUUCUGUACAAUCUACGCCGCCUCAACCAGUCUGUUUACUAGUCCACAGUGACGCCUCUGUAGUAAUAAAUACUAAUAAAGCUUGUCUUCAAAUAUAAUUAUCUUUAA